AUGCGUAAUGCGUUCAGUUUCCGCACCAAUCACUACAUGGAGCGAUUCAGUUUUCCGCAUUCGCAGCCUUCGCAGCCGCUUGACAAAUCGCAUCCGCAGCCGGACAUGUGGAAUCAGUCUCAUCCGCCGACUGGGCAACCAGUGAUAAAGGGAUAUUCAUCUGGUAACCCAGUUCGAGAGGGAGACGUUCUAAGAAUGUCCUGUGAAGUAACAGGUGGAAACCCUCCAGUUUCAAACAUUUCCUUUAUAUGUGGUGAGAUACCAACCAAGACGUCACAAAGCACAGUUGGACCUGCUGUAGUUAGAGAUAUACGGUUCACCGUGAAGAGAGCUGACGAUAAUCAAAUAUGCCGUUGUUCAGCUAUUCACGCAACAAACCAGUACAACCUCUUCAAAGAAACUCGUAUUUCUGUCAUUUAUGCUCCAAAUGUCACAGUGUACAGCGAAUUUAACAGACAAAACAAUUCUGUGAAGAUAAUUUGUAAAGCGAAUGGUCGUCCUCCAGAGUACCAGUUUUCCAAAUUCACUCACUUUUGGGGAGGACAGAAGAUCAGAGAGAUAGCUGGGAGGUUAGAGUCGCCAAACAGAUAUGUCCACAUCAUCCAGCCAUACAGCUAUAAAGAUUCAGGAACUUACGAGUGUUCUGUGUCAAAAAACGUCACAGGUCUAAACAAUGAGAAAGAGCAAGCAGGGAACAAAACAAUUAACAUGCAUAUUCGACCUGUACUGUUGGAUGCUUCAAAACAAAACGAGAUGCUCGAGGUUAUCAUUGGACACAAUCUAAAUUUAAGUAAGACGGUAUUCUCCAAGAAUGACAUCAGUUCAUACAACUGGACAAACCCGCAUGGAGCUACCACAAAGCAUAACAGCGAGGUCAACGCUAUUGACGUGACCGUAAAUAUUUACAACACUGAGGUCAGGGACACUGGAUAUAGAUUCUCACUGCUGAUUGGUCAGAUCGAAGAGGAUGACUAUGGGUUACAUGUCCUCACCGUUUGUAACGGAUUUGGAUGUGGGGAAUUUUACACAAAUUUAGUGACAGCAGAGGAAAUACGUGAUACUCUUCCUUCCCAAAUACUAGUCCCUGCUGCUUCAGGGGCUGCAGGCGCUUUGAUUCUGUUGGUCUUAAUUGUUGCAAUCGUGUGCAUCGCUAAGAAGAGAAGAGAGCCCAGGAAAAGUGCUGACAGCGCUGAACAUACUUACGUGAACGAAAGCAACAACGGGGCAUAUCGACAUCCAGUGAUGGAAGACAAGCAUCUUUACUCCAUGGAGGGUGACGUACCAGCACACGGCGAGGCUUCGAUAGUGAAAGAAAACGACAUUUAUAACCUUGAUACCGCUGAAGAUAGAGAGAAGGUAGCAGUACAGCCAGAAGAUGUAAGCGCUACGUAUACAGUCGUCAACAAAGAUCGUAAAACUGCAGACGGCAACAACAGAGGAGAAAAAGAACAACCAACUGGUGAAACGUAUGCUGUCGUUAGGAAGAAAGCUGCAGGUGUUACGAAACGCAAAACGACCAAUGGGAAGUCCGGAGACAACGAGGUUUUAGAUGAUGUAUCUAACAUGUAUACACAAGUGAACAAAAAGAAACAAAAGAAACAAAAGAAACAAAAAGAUAUUAAACAGAAAGGCGAAGCUAAAGCUAAAACCGAAGGCGAUGGUGUGGAAUACGUCAACAUUCCGAGCGAGUCUUCCGUCUAUCAAAACACCUGACCUGUCCAUGGCGACAGUGAAAGAGUUAUCGGUCUUGAUCAUUUCUACUUGAGACUCAAAACAAGAGAAUAAUAUAAUAUAUAACACUUCUACAAAAGAGUAGAAAUCACCUAUCUAGUACAGACUCAACUGUCUAUUUUAUUGAAGCUUAUCAUCACUACGAGUAAUUUGGAGCCUGCUUAUGAACUUGACUAUUAUGUUAAAGAGACAUUGUGUGUAUAUAUAUUAUAAAUAUGUUUUACAACUGUUUCUUGAUAUUAUAUCAUUAUAUACUAUUUUGUAUGUGUAUAUAUAUUGCUCAAGGUUUGCUAAGAAUCACUAUUUUGUUUAUCAUAUUUGUAAAAACUACCCCGAUAUUAAGACCACCCUACUAUUAAGACCAAUUUUAAUAAGUCCCGCUAAUGGUCGCAAUAACGGGGUUUCACUGUAUAUAUAUUUUACGGCUGUUUGUUGAUUUUACAUCAUUAAAUUUUACGACUAUUACUUGAUAUUACAUGACUUGGAAAUGUUUUGUAUUUUUAAUUUGUGAGCACAUCAACUUUAUUAUCCAUGGGCACCGCAAGCAAGUGUCAGGGCAUGGGGGAUUGUCUAUCCAGCUAUGAAGAUAAUCAUAAUUAUUAUGGGAUUUUGUUUGUUUUUGUUUUUGUGUCUCAUAUUGCUGUAUUGACGGGGCUUCUAGAAUUUGUAUAAAAUCCACUAGCCAUGAGAUCAG